CAGUUAUCCCGAGCAAUCCCGAGCGAGGAUCCCGAGCCACGACCGAUCACACACGCAUAAGACCUGUAAGACUGUUAACGCUGUUGACGGCCAUUACGGUUGCUACCACCGGCUUAUCGAUUAUAACAAUCUGUUGCAAAGUUAUUACCUGGCUUGAAUUUUUUUUUUAAAUAGGUGUGUAAGUUGUGUGUAUUCUUUAGGGAAUCAUCAGUAUCAUUCUAAAGAAUUUAUAUUUUCUCGUGUUUUGAGAAAAUGCUAGAAGCGAAUACCGCUCGGUUUCGUGAUAUUCCGCAGUUUCAAGUUCUAUUUGGGAUUCUUCUAAACUUCUCAGCUGCCUUUCUGAUGUUCAUAUUCCAGUUGGAAUACACAUUUUUACCGUGUUACGUAUAAUAAGAUAUUGUGUGCUUUACCGUGUUACGUAUAAUAAGUCUGUGCUGUGAGAACAGAGAAAGCCAAAUCAGUAUGUGUUCGUACACAAUUAUUAGUAUAUUUCCUUACAGACUUGGGCAAAUAUUCGCGGCUAGGUACAAGUACGGUUGUUAGAAAUAUCAUUUCUUAUCAAUAGGAUUCUACAAAUCAAUUCAUUUGCAACCCACAAAACGUGUGAUAAGAGAAGUUUUCAUGUUAUGAAAUAUUGUGCAUUCUCAGUGCCAAGAAUUCUGUUACAAGGAGCCAAAGAAAUAUUUCCUGCUGUGAGAGAAAGGAUGAACUGUACAAAUUCAGAGAACGUUUUAGUGGGUCUGUAUGGUGAGCCAUACCCAACACCUCAUAAUGCAUAUCAGGCCAUGAAUGUAAAGGCUAAGGCAGAAGAGGAAGAGGAUCCUCUUGCAGUAACAUUUCCAGAACUAAAGGCUGAACCUAAGGGUGAUUUGAAUGAACUUAAAUUUCUACAUGAUGAGGAGCGACAAUAUUCCUGUGAUGAAUGUGGUGAUUCAUUCAGUCAAGAGGAAAUUCUGAUAGCACAUCAACGCAUACAUAGCAGGGAGCAGUCGUUUUGUUGCAGUAUGUGUAAUAAGUCAUUAAGCUGUAAGAGUUGUCUGAAGACAAAUCAGAGCAUACCUACUGGAGAGAGGCCAUUUUGCUGUGAUGUGUGUAGUAAGUCAUUCAGUGUUAAGAGUAAUCUGAAGACCCAUCAGCGCAUACAUACUGGGCAGCAGUCAUUUGUGUGUGACAUUUGUAAUAAGUCAUUCAUUUCAAAGUGUGAUCUGAAGAGGCAUAUGCACAUACAUACUGGGGAGAAGCCGUUUUGCUGUGGCAUGUGUGGUAAGUCAUUCGGCCGGCAGAGUAGUCUGAGGACACAUCAGCAUAUACAUAGUGGGGCGAAGCCAUUUUGCUGUUCUGUAUGUAAUAAGUCAUUCAGUCAGCAGAGUCAUCUGAAGUUUCAUCAGCACAUACAUACUGGGGAGAAGCCAUUUUGUUGUAAUGACUGUAACAAGUCAUUCAGUCAGCAGAGUCAUCUGAAGAUUCAUCAGCGCAUACAUAGUGGGGAGAAGUCAUAUUUCUGUGCUGUGUGUAAUAAGUCAUUCGGUGUGCAGAGUCAUCUGAACAUUCAUCAGCGCAUACAUAGUGGGGAGAAGCCAUAUUUCUGUGCUGUGUGUAAUAAGUCAUUCAGUGUGCAGAGUCAUCUGAAGAUUCAUCAGCGCAUACAUAGUGGGGAGAAGCCAUAUUUCUGUGCUGUGUGUAAUAAGUCAUUCGGUGUGCAGAGUCAUCUGAAGAUUCAUCAGCGCAUACAUAGUGGGGAGAAGCCAUAUUUCUGUGCUGUGUGUAAUAAGUCAUUCGGUGUGCAGAGUCAUCUGAAGAUUCAUCAGCGCAUACAUAGUGGGGAGAAGCCAUAUUUCUGUGCUGUGUGUAAUAAGUCAUUCGGUGUGCAGAGUCAUCUGAAGAUUCAUCAGCGCAUACAUAGUGGGGAGAAGCCAUAUUUCUGUGCUGUGUGUAAUAAGUCAUUCGGUGUGCAGAGUCAUCUGAAGAUUCAUCAGCGCAUACAUAGUGGGGAGAAGCCAUAUUUCUGUGCUGUGUGUAAUAAGUCAUUCGGUGUGCAGAGUCAUCUGAAGAUUCAUCAGCGCAUACAUAGUGGGGAGAAGCCAUAUUUCUGUGCUGUGUGUAAUAAGUCAUUCGGUGUGCAGAGUCAUCUGAAGAUUCAUCAGCGCAUACAUAGUGGGGAGAAGCCAUAUUUCUGUGCUGUGUGUAAUAAGUCAUUCGGUGUGCAGAGUCAUCUGAAGAUUCAUCAGCGCAUACAUAGUGGGGAGAAGCCAUAUUUCUGUGCUGUGUGUAAUAAGUCAUUCGGUGUGCAGAGUCAUCUGAAGAUUCAUCAGCGCAUACAUAGUGGGGAGAAGCCAUAUUUCUGUGCUGUGUGUAAUAAGUCAUUCGGUGUGCAGAGUCAUCUGAAGAUGCAUCAGCGCAUACAUAGUGGGGAGAAGCCAUUUUUCUGUGCUGUAUGUAAAAAAUCAUUCUGUGUGCAGAGUAAUCUGAAGCGUCAUCAGCGCAUACAUAGUGGUGAGCGGCCAUUUAAAUGUGACGUGUGUAAUAAGUCAUUCAGUUGGCAAAGUAGUCUGAAGAUACAUCAGCAAACACAUGUUGAUGUGUGAAGUAAAUCAUAGAGCAGUAGAAAUGGGUUUCAACUAAAGGAACAGUUUGUGUCUUGUAGCAUGCCACAGUAUUUCUUGUUGUAAUUAAGACAGUUUUGCUGUGUGUGACAUGCUACAUUUUUUAAGAUUGUUACAAGAUAUUGGAGUUGAUUGCUGUUACUAAUUUUUCAAACUGAUGGGAAUUGAACUGAGUCACAUCAUACAAAACAUCUGUGCAAAUGAGUUCCAUUUGAUUCUGAUUGCUGAAUGUGCACAAUUCCCUGUCUUGUUGAGUGGGAACAGACAUGACAUUACAUGACAUUCUCCUACAGUUAUGAUGUUAAUUCAGCUGUGGAAGCUAAUGAUUAGUAGAGCAUGGUCACUGAAACUGAACGACAGCUUAUACACAUAAUUCAGCAGCGGCAUAUGUUUUUUUUUUCUGUAUGUUAUCUGUGCUCUUCUCCCAUUACAUGUGAUUAAAUUCGUCAAUCACUUUGUUACAGAUUGAUAUAUCACUUGGAUUGAGUAUAUUCAGAUAACUUUUAUGAAUUGGUCAAAUGAGUGCAAACUACGCUAUAUUGGACAUUGCAGAUGAGACGUGAUACAAGGUAUAUUGAUUAUAAAAUGAAAGUUAAAUAAAAUAUGUUUAAUCUCCUUGUGGAGAAAUAAAAUAGUACAGAGAAUUUAAUUCAAAGGAUCAUGAAAGACUUCCCUACAUAUUUUCAUUGUGAAUAUCAGCAGAGAAACUGAGCUGUCUGUCAUGAGAUCAAAAGAGAAAGUGGUUUGGCUUUGAGGCACUCCUUUUUGCUUUAGGUCUCCUUUGC